AUGUGGCUCCGGCGGCGCCAGUUAUCGAGUCUCGCCCGCGCUGUGCGUGUUCGAUUCGCGCCGAGUCCAACGGGAGAAAUGCACAUCGGAGGACUCCGUACAGCCCUCUACAAUUAUCUGUUCGCCAAGAAGAACAAUGGAGAUUUCAUUCUGAGGAUUGAAGACACAGACCGAAGUCGAUUGGUUGAAGGAGCACAGGAGAGAAUUGUAGACACCUUGCGUUGGGCUGGUCUCACACCGGAUGAGGGACCCGGGUACCUAGGGGGAACCGAAGGUCCCUACCUGCAGUCGGAACGGCUGCAUUUCUAUCGGGAGUUCAUCCAGAAGCUUGAAGACAAAGGAGCGGCGUACAAGUGCUUCUGUACGGAACGACGGCUCGAUCUGCUGCGGAAAGACGCAAAUAAGCGAAAGGCAUUGUUCAAGUACGACAACAAAUGCAGAAACUUGACCUCCAAAGAGAAGGGAGAGCUGCUCGCCCAGGGAACCCCCCACGUUUACCGUUUCAAGCUGAGAGACGGCUCCGUGAGCUUCCACGACCUCAUUCAUGGAGAAAGCUCGAUCGAGCUAUCGAGAGUCGAGGCGGACUUUGUGAUUUUGAAAUCGGAUGGUUAUCCCACCUAUCACUUCGCAAAUGUCGUGGACGACUACCUGAUGAACAUCAGCCAUGUUUUGAGAGGGGUCGAGUGGCAUGUUUCAACGCCUAAGCAUCUCCAAAUUUUCGAAGCACUAGAGCUUCCGCCGCCAACUUACGCACAUCUGCCAUUGAUGAUGAACCAGGACGGGUCGAAGCUCUCCAAGCGGAAUAAAGGCUUCAUGUGCGAUCAGCUCAGAGAAAAAUAUAUUCCUGAAGCCGUUUUGAGUUUCCUGCUCCUCAGCGGUGGAGGUUUCGGGAAAACUACGGGCGACUUCCACAGACUCCAGGAUUUGAUCCAAAAAUUCAAUAUCGAGUCGAUGAACACGAGCUCUUGUAAAAUCGACUUUGCACGCCUGGAGGAUAUGAAUUUCCAAGCGAUCCGGAUCAUGGCCGACGAGUUGUACGAUGCGGCGUUCCUACUCGUCAGAAAACAUUAUCCUCAUGUGGAGGAAGAUUACUUCCGAAGAGUCUUCAAAAUCAAUGCGGGGCGGCUGAAGUUCCUGGACGAUAUCAUCUCCCCUCAAUUGAACUUCCUGUGGACCAAGGAUUCGAGCGUCACGGAACCCCUCGGGGACGAUUGGAAGACCACAAUCCUGUCGCUCACCAAAGUCUUGGAAACGAUCUCUUUCGGGAAAGCGGACCUCUCAACUUCCCUGAGAGAAUUUCACUCAAGUCAAAUAGGGGAUCGACUGUCAUACAGGGACUUCAUGUGGAAACUCCGAGAAAUACUGACCGGUCUGAAGGAAGGUCCCAGCAUCUCUGAAAUCAUGGAGUCUCUGGGUAGAGAAGAGACGAUAGCGAGGCUCCUGGAUCGAUGCAGCUGAUCGGCCGGGGAUACGGUCCUGAUCGUCCGGACUCGAAUCAGAAAUAAGCCGAGAGUCGAAUUGUAUAAAAUCACUAACGAACAUUAAAUGUGCGCUACU